GCCACCGUGGAACAGCAGUCACAAUGGACCCAGGUUUUGCGCUUGAAUAUCCCCGACCUCACGUCUCGAAUUAACAAGCUUGAACCACCGAUUACAAUCGAUUCAUUUAGCCAAGUUCAUCGAUGUACCAUGAAGACCAGCGAAGGCACAAGGGAGGUAGCUGUAAAAGUAAUCAUUAUUGAUCCUAAUAGAGCUAUGCCAAAACUAGAGAAAGCAAUUCGCCGGGAACUUAUUGUGUGGUUGAAAUUGAUCCACUUGAACAUUGUGCCGCUACUUGGUAUCGCACGCAUCGAAUCACCAUGGCCAGCUCUUGUUUAUCCAUGGAUGCCAUCUGGGACGUUAUAUAUUUUCCUGGAGAAGCAGGCAGCAACCCUUUCUACUUCCACAAAAAUUGGAUUGGUUGAGGGUAUCGCCGAUGGCCUCUCUUAUCUUCACUCGAUGAAGAUCGUACACGGAGACCUUCAACCCGACAAUGUGCUGAUAGACGAUUCGGGGAUUCCAUGCCUCACAGGUUUCGGUCUCGCAACAGUAGUAGGAGACCCAGAGUUGCAGUUGAACUCGACCACUGCGGCAUGUGAUUUCAAUGCUCGAUGGCGUGCGCCUGAAGUCAUUGGAAUAGAGUCUGACGAAUCUGCACGACCGACUGACGCGAGCGAUAUCUAUUCUUUUGGUAGCAUUAUGUUCUUUAUCAUAUCGGAGAAUAUCCCAUGGAAGGAGAGAAAUUCGUAUCAAAUCGCUAUUGCGCUGUCACAAGGAGCCACUCAUGCACGUCCCAAGAACAUCCCUAAUGGUUUCUGGAACUUAAUCGAACGCUGCUGGUCUCGGAAUCAUAUGGAUCGUCCAGGGAUUACACAAAUUCUCGAGUAUAUCAAUCAGUGUAAGAUCGAUGACUCGCAGGUCCAGUCACCCAUGAUACCGACGCAUUUCCCCCAGGAAUCCGGUUCAAUACAUCCAUCUCUUCCGGAAGGACAACUUGCGCUAGCAAAAGAUCUGACAGGUCAGAUCUUCGGUACAAUAAAUGACUACGUCGCUAGUGGUGGGUUCGCAAACGUGUAUAGAUGUGAAUGGAGACAACCGUCGGGCUUUGUCGAAAAGGUCUGGCCAGUGGGUAGCGCUGGCGUCACUUGCUGAUCAGUCUGUCGAUCAUUGUACUACAGGUCGCAGUAAAAACCUUUAGACUUCAGAUGAAUCACGUCUCAGAGCAGGAAUUAAGAAGGUUUCGACAAGAAACUUCAAUAUGGGCGCACCUCAUCCAUGACAAUAUCGCCACACUUUAUGGAACGACAGAUGGGUUUGGGCCAACCACAGCUCUUGUCUCCCGGUGGUUUCCGGACGGCACACUGUACCGUCUGAUCGGAGAACAGGGUGCUACAUUAACCAUAAAGUCCAAAUUGAAGCUGCUCCACGGCAUAGCAUCUGGGCUCUACUAUAGUAUGUAU